AAUGUAUCAUUUGAGAAGUGGCUGUGUGUUUAGUUGUGUGUGGUGGAGCAGAUGAAGGGUCUGCCCUUGGGCGCUAUGCGAAACCGCGUCUCCUAGUAUCAUUUAGUUGUAUCAGCAGUGUCAUGUUCAUCUAUACAGACUAUUUAGCAGCAGGUGUCCCUUGUUACAGUCCCUGCCAAACCUCCACGCCUAUGAGAGCAAGUACAGUGAACCGUUUUACCUGAGCGACGCAUCUCGGGCGCUGAUUGGUUCGCUGGGUGUCCGACCCUUAGGUGACGUCAGGAGCACUGCUGCGGGUGAGGCGGGUGAGGCUGCCUCUCAGUCCAGUCUCAGUGAGACCUAGAGAAGCGCUGAGCUGCAGCAGCAGAGACAGACGCGGUGACUGGACCUCACUGACCCGCACAUUCACAGGAAUGGGAAACCAUAUUGUUUCUGACUGCCACCACAAGAAGAUGCCGCUGGGUGAGGACGGACACGCCUGGAAAAAGAAGACCUCUGAUGUCAAGGAGAAGUAUGAUUUCAAAGACAUUCUGGGAACGGGAGCAUUCUCCGAGGUGGUCUUGGCUGAGGAGAAGAAGACGCAGAGAUUGGUGGCUAUUAAGUGUAUUCCCAAGAAAGCAUUAGAAGGCAAGGAAAACAGCAUUGAGAAUGAAAUCGCAGUUCUGCAUAAGAUAAAGCACCCAAACAUUGUGUCUCUGGAAGAGAUAUUUGAGAGUAAAUCACACCUCUACCUUGUCAUGCAACUGGUGUCUGGUGGAGAACUGUUUGAUCGUAUCAUAGAGAAGGGCUUCUACACAGAGAAAGAUGCUAGUAAGCUAAUUCAACAGAUUCUGGACGCUGUAAAAUACCUCCACGACAUGGGCAUUGUGCACCGUGACCUUAAGCCAGAGAACCUGCUGUACUACAGCAUGGACGAAGACUCAAAAAUCAUGAUCAGUGACUUUGGUCUGUCUAAGAUCGAGGGCUCGGGCAGCGUGAUGUCAACAGCCUGUGGAACGCCUGGAUACGUUGCUCCUGAGGUUUUGGCACAGAAACCUUACAGCAAAGCUGUGGAUUGCUGGUCUAUUGGGGUCAUAGCAUAUAUUCUGUUGUGUGGAUACCCACCUUUUUAUGAUGAAAGUGAUGCCAAACUGUUUGAACAGAUCCUGAGAGCAGAAUACGAGUUUGAUUCUCCUUACUGGGACGAUAUCUCUGAUUCAGCUAAAGACUUUAUAGUGCAUCUUAUGAAAAAAGAUUCCAAUGAACGCUUCACCUGUGACCAGGCUUUGCAGCACCCUUGGAUUGCUGGAGAUACCGCCCUGGACAAGAACAUUCAUGAGUCCGUCAGUGCUCAGAUCAAGAAAAACUUUGCUAAGAGCAAAUGGAAGCAAGCAUUCAAUGCCACCGCAGUGAUCCGUCACAUGAGGCGUCUCCAGCUUAGCACUGGCAGUGAGGGACCUGGCCCCACCUUGUCCGAUCCGUGCCAAGCCCAUCUGCUGAUGGAAGAGGAAGGAGCGCUUUGUGAAGGUGGUUGCUCCCAGAACAUGGAUGGAGGAGCAGACGCUUUGUCCAACUGCACCUACCGCUGCCACCCAGCCAAUAGUGUGUGAUACCUAACCCCCCCUUCAUGUACUUGUUAUUCCCAAUUCACUUUCCAAUUUUAAUCCCCCUCGGUGGAACCUGAGGCAUCGUCUCUCCCCCGCUUGUCUGGCUGGGAAUACAGCGCCAUUCCAACCUGUCGCCUGCAGGGGGAGCAAGACUGUCAAGCCUGAAAGGGAAGAAAUAUAUCGUGUUGAAAAGGAGGUGGAGGGAGACUUGCUGUAAUGCUUAUGCACCAAGGCAGAUCAUUUUUGGGAUGAGUUGAAAUGCAUGAGAAGGAAAAAGGGAAAGACAUCCUCCCCCUCCUUCAUGUCGGGGGGGUGGGGAUUGUUUUUACAGAAGCAAGACAGAACUUGCUGGAUGUUUUAUUUUAACGAAAAUGUUUUCAACUUGUCUUUUUAUGUUUUAUCGUUUUAAAUUUUUGAAUUAUUACCCUCCUUCUAUAAGACUUUGGAGCGUUAAUCACAGUAUGGUAUCUGCAUGACAACGAGACGAAUCCCCAUUGCAUGAUUUAAUUUUUUUUUAAAAACACGUUGUAUUGCAGAAAUGCAAUACAGCAUUACACCAGUAAGAUGGAGUAUUUGGAAAUGUUUUAAUGGAAAAUGUUGUGAUAUAGCAGAUUUGCAUUUUAUGUCUUUAAAACAAUUUGUGGCAGAGCAGUUCCUCCAAUGAAAAUGAUACCAUGCAGUUCUAUGACAUAGCCUUUCUUUCUCCACCAUGAAGUGGUUUGAAGUUGAGAGGAAAAGGCUUCCCUGUUCUCUUUUUAUUUCCAACAAAUCAAACUUCAGCAACAACAGAUGUUUUCCUAUCUAAGGUGCCUUUUAGAAUCCACAGUUUCAUUUGGUGGUAGCGUUGCUUAAAAAGUGGUUUCUUUUUGUACGAUUAUGGGAUUGUGUGUGUCUCAUGUAAACUUAAAUAUAACUUUUUCCUCAUUAAGGUUAGGUACAGAUAGGAUGCCUGCACAAAGAAAAUGUUGGUUUUAAAAAAAAAAACAUUAAAUAUUUGACAAAAUGGCUGCAACAUUUUUAGUGUGAAAUAGUCCUUUUGUAUCCAAGCUGAAAGAUGCUGAAGAGUUUAAAGCUAAUCUUUGCAGUUUUUUAUCUGCAUCUCCAGUACUUCUCAACACCAUUCAAAUCAUUUUUGUUAGGAACAAAAUUGUGUGCAUUGCUUUCACCUGCACCUGAUGUCUGCAAACUAUGGCUCUGUAGCAGGAGCGCUCUUAAUCAUCAGGCAUGUAGACCAUAAUGUAAAUACCUAAAAAUUAUUCCCACCGUUAAAUAAACAGCACUCGUUUGAGCAAGUUUUACUGGAACACAUUAAAGGAAUCAUCAUUUUGAUUGCUGAGCUGAAACUGUGUGUGUUCUGACAUGCAGCACAGCCUCUUUCCAAAGUCCAAAAGAAAUGAAUACUUUAGAACAUAAUGGAUUUGAAUUACAGAGGGGAAAAAAUAUAUAUAAAAUGGAGUUUUGCACACCUACAUAAAUAACGACACCUUUAUGCAUCCGAGCAGGAAACGGAGCUGUUGUCUUAAUGAAAAUGUGACAUUCAAAGCUUAGUUAGUGAAGUACUGGCUUUUUUUAUUUUCGGUUCAUACUUUUUAUUAAUUUUCAUUAAAUGCAGCAUGAUUUAUAAACAAACGUUUUAACCAGAAGGGUUUUAUAACCCCCAACAAAAUUGAUACAACAAAAAAAGCAGGCAAAUAUACUGUAGCUCUUUCAGUCAGUUUACAAACCGCUCACACUCGCUUUUCUUCAACACGUUUCCCAGCCUUAGAAAAAAAACUUUAAAGACUGGAAUUAUGCAUCAGACCAACUCAUUCCAUAUUAAUUCACAUUGUUUGUGUGUAUCUUUUUUUAUUUCAGUUUCCGCUAUUAUUAUUUUGUAAAAUAAAUUUCAUUGCACAUUUUUAAAAAGAUAUCUGUUCCUGUUUAGCAUGUUUUUAGUGUUCUUUAGCCUAUGUAUUUUUGUACUGGAUGAGGAGAAGCUUUAUGCAAAUGUUUCUGAAUGAUCUGGUGGGAACCUGCUGCAAAAUCUCAACUGGCUCUAAUGGACAAUAUGAGGAUCUUCCUUUGGUGUGGGCUUCGUUUCCUAUCAGUAACCGCUACACAUUUAGGCUCCUGCUUCUCUCUGAUACAUCAGUAUUUUGUAAUUGCUCUUCAUGUUGGUUGGAUUUGCCUUGGGAAUUGUUAAUAUCUCAAAUGAUGCUUGUAAAAGGAGAGAUUUUGUCAGACCUUGCUGUCUUUUACUUAAAAUCACGCAGACCGUGAAGGAGCGCAGGCCAGUGUAAUAACAUUUCAAAAAGUUAAACUUUGUGCUGCUUUGGAAAAAUAUCUAUGAGCUUUAUAGCGCAGUUUUACUGGAUAGUCCUUGUAGUGUUUUCAGGCUGUAAUGAAACUGGUGACUCUGAACUGUAAAGUGCAUUUAUUAGAGACAUUAUUUUGGCAGAGAAAAAGUUCAGGAUGAAUAGUUUAGAUGUCCUGGAGUACUGUAACAUUAAAGCCGAAACAGCACAGGGGGGCUCAGAGGAAGCCUGUCUGCUUUCAGCCGAUUCAAUAUACGAUCUGAUGUACUGACGAUAAUUAAAACAACUUUACUAUUUUGAA